AUGCUCCUGAAGUGUCAGUAGAAACCUGUGGCAAGUGUUUCUGUGAAGGAGGAACCUGCUCAAAUCUCGGGACCAUCUAAGCCGCCGUUGAGUAGUCCGCAAAGGUUACCGGAAGUUUUGCAAAACACCACCACUCCUGGAAGAUUGCCAGCUAAGAAGGAGUUGUUGAGCAGAGCUAGGCAAGGCGUGCCGUUAGAGAUGCGAUCGCCUCCAGCGCAUACAAGUAUAGCUGCCUCAUCGUUACUUUCACGUUAUUCUGUGGAUGAUUACGAAUCUGAUGGAUCUGCGUCACCGGAACUUGGCGUUGAUGAUGUGAUACCUCAAGCGCCACCGCCUUCCAACGCCAUACCAAAAGUUCCAACAUCAGUCUCCGUUCCAACUUCGAAUGCGACUUCCAUCACCCCUGCCACAUCGUCACAGAUAUCUGGAACUUCGACGCCUGUACCUAAACGUGUAGCUGUUCCUCCACCGCCGCAGAAGUCAACUCCGCAGCGGUCUUCCCUGCCUAUACCACCGCCGCUGCCUCAGAAAAAGGAGAAGGUGCUCGAUGCUCCUGAAAGAACUGCAUCACCAGUAGUCAAGCAGGAAAACGUGAAACCUGCUGUACCUAGGCCUACUCCUGUUUCCCCUCUCAAGCCAGCUGUUCCUAAGCGUGAAACUUCCUCGGAGCCCGGCCUGGUCGAAAAGUCUGAGAAUAGUAGAGAAAUAAAAAAUUGUAUUGAGGAGAAUGAUAAGACUGCGGUGGUGAAUAGCGUCAAGCCUCCACCGAUUCGUUUGAAAUUGAAAUUUGAUGGAGCUAAAGCGUACAUUGAGAACAACGAGAAUAGUGAUAAGGAUGGUGAAAGAAAACAAAGGAAGCACAAGAAAAAGAAAAAAGAACGGGACAAGUUGCAUAAAGAUGCGCACGAUCGGAUCAAAAUGAAGCAUCAUACGAAGGGCAGUAAAAAGCAUAAAAUAAAAGACAAACUUAUCUCUUCGCCUCAGGAGCUUGUUGCUGUAACAAAAAAUGGAAAGCGCUUGAAAGUAAAGUUUGGGCUAGGUGGAAGCGACUCACGUUGUACGACUCCGGGAAAACUUCCGCUAUCAACAGAGGAGUCAGAUGUGCAUCUUUCCAAAGAACUUCCGGAGCAGCAACCAUCGUCCUCGAAAACUGCAGCACACGCACCGGCCGAGCCGCUAAAAAUUCCAAGACUACGGAUACGGAUAGGAGACUCUCCUGCUUUGGUUAUUGCGCCGGUUAAAGAAGAGCCACCUCAAACUGCACACAAAUCUCAUCAUCAUCACCACCACCACCGUCACUCGCGGCCAACUUCGGCAGAUGGAUUAGUGAAACCAGUGAAAACGGUCACAGUACCGGUCAACUCGAACCCUCUUUCUGUCGAAUUUUCAGAUGACUCUGACACGGAAGCAGAACGUAUACGAUCGGCUACGGAUGAGGCUUUGCGCGGACUGGCCAACAUGACCGACAUGCACCAAUCAAAUAACUCACUGCUACCUUGGUCAACUCACCCAGCGCCGUGA